GGAGAAUUGAAAAAUAUUAUUUGAUAAUAUUUUUAAGAGAGUAUUUGAUGAUGAACAUGAUACUAAAAAUUAUUUAAUUAAAAAAAGUUGUGUAAAAUUAGUAUUGAUACGAAUUGUAAAAAUAGUGAUUUUCAAAUUAUUUAUUAAUAACUAAAAGUAAUUAUUUGAUAGCAAUUUAUUUUUUCUGAAAUUCUAAAGAGAAAAUAGUUGUAAUAGGUUAUAUGACAGUAACUUUCAUUUUCUAAAAUCUUAAAAAAAAUGGUAAAAGAAUAUUUAAUAUUACUUUUUUAAUUGUAAAUAAAAAGAAGAUUUAUAAAAUAGAAUGUUUUCCUUUUUAAAAAAAUCCUAACAAAAGAAAAUUUUAAAAACUUAUUUAAUAAAACAUUAAAUUAGUACAUAAGAACAUAUAUAAUGUUGUCAUUGACUCGAUUGAUGUAUUUGACUUUCAUUUCUUUUCACUUUUCAUUCAGUUUCUUAUUUCGGGUUGUGUUCAGUUUAAACGUUUAGGUAUAGUAUUUUCUCUAAUCCUAAGUACAAAGUUUAUAACAUAUCAUCUAUGCACCAUGAUUAUAAAAUAGAAAUAUUAACUUGAACUUAUGUGUAAAAAUGAGUUUUAAUUAUAAAAUAAAUCUCAAACAACAUAUCUAAAAAAAAUCGUAAAACUAUAAUAAAAUGAAUUAUUAUUUUAUAGUUUUUAUUAAAUUAAAACAUCACCUGUUGCGUUAGCUCAUAUCUUGGAUCUUGGGCCAAAAUACACAAAACCAAAUUAAAAUUGCGCGGAAGCAAAAUCAAAGGAGGCGCCAAAUAAAAUUAAUUUGAAGGAGCGGGGAAGAGUCUCGCGCCAAAUAAACCUUAACCGCCUAGCCAUGAUUCUCCGCCCAUAUAACUCAUCCUCUAAUAAUCCUCCAAUCCUCAUCACUCCAUCUAUAAUCUCUCUUUCUCCUUCCUCGAUUACACAAUGAUGACGCCGGUGAAGAAAAACUCCGCCAUUAGGCCCGUGGAGUUCUACGGAAACGGUCUUCCCCGUCCUCGUUUCUUCGAUAACCCUAAGUUCAACUCUCACCGCGUCGAUCCGCCGCUCUCUGUGCUCGAUCCUCUUCUCUCGUGGGCCAGAGAAGCUCACUGGUCCAUGGGCGGUCUCAACUUCACGCGCCUCCGUCUCCAGGGCCGAAUCGAAGGAAACGUCGACAAGCUACGCGCUCAGCUCGAGAAAUCCAGUCCGUUGGAGAAGAGAUCUGGUUUCGAUUCUCCUCCCGCAGCUCCUGUUGCGGUUAAACGAAGGAGGUACAUAGAUCUCAACGAUGAAGAAGAAGAAGAGAUCUGUUUGGCUAGCAUCAGGAGAAAGCUCUCUGAUGAUUUCGAUAGAGUCGCUGGAGAGAGUGACUCCAAAGCCAUUAAGAAACCGGUUGAAUCAAAGUCCAUCGUGAAGGAUAAGAAGAAGAAGACUGAGUCAAGCUCAACGAGGUCGUCUCCAAGAUUAAGCUAAGCGUUGUUCAAGUUAGUUUCUCUAGCGUAGUUCAUGAUCUGUUAGUACUAUUUGGAUUUCUUAUGUUCUUAUAAAUAUGAAUCACUCUAUGAAAGUAAAUUUUUAUUA